AUGACCAGUUGUGGCCGGCAGUCCCUCAACGUGCUCGCCGUCCUCUUCUCAUUGCUGUUUUCUGCAGUCUUGUCCGCUCAUUUCCGGGUCUGUGAGCCCUACACCGACCACAAAGGCCGCUACCAUUUCGGCUUCCACUGCCCCCGGCUCUCCGACAACAAAACCUUCAUCCUCUGCUGUCACCAUAACAACACGGUCUUCAAAUACUGCUGCAACGAGACGGAGUUCCAGGCAGUGAUGCAGGCGAACCUCACAGCUGGCUCCGAGGGUUACAUGCACAACAAUUACACCGCCCUGUUGGGAGUGUGGAUCUAUGGCUUUUUCGUGUUGAUGCUGCUGGUCCUGGAUCUUUUGUAUUACUCGGCAAUGAACUACGACAUCUGCAAGGUUUACCUGGCACGGUGGGGUAUCCAUGGACGCUGGAUGAAACAGGACCCCCGGCGGUGGGGGAACCCCGCUAGGGCGCCUCGGCCAGGGCAGCCAGCCACGCAGCCCCAGCCUCCCCCGGGCGCCCUACCGCAGGCCCCCCAGGCUGUGCACACGUUGCAGGGAGAUGGCCACAGCCCGCCGCUGAUGACCUUCCAGAGCUCGUCCGCCUGAAAACCUUUUUGCUGUGCCUCAGGAUGGGGGAGGUGAGAUGAAGAGCACCCGGCACAGCUUCCAGGAAGAACAACUCCUA